UUAAUAGAUUCCGACUCCCGACAAUGCAACUCAGAAUCGCAAAGGCAGGCCUUUUCGUUUCUUUGUUCCUUCCUCUCCUAGGCCUCAUUCUUGCAAAGCAGAGGAACGCCCGUCUGAAAAGGAGGCAUCAACUUUUUUGUUAUUUAGUUGGAUCAGAAUGGAUCAGCAAGGGCAUAGCCAGCCCCCACCAAUGGGAGCAGUUGGUGGUGGAUCCCAAUUGCCAUAUGCCAUUAACCCAUAUCAGACGAACCAAAUGACCGGGCAGCUGACUCAUCCAUCUGUUGGGGCUCAGCCUGCUGGAGUUCAGCUUGCACAACACCAACUUGCUUAUCAGCAUAUCCACCAGCAACAACAACAGCAACUUCAGCAACAACUCCAAUCUUUUUGGGCAAAUCAGUACCAAGAAAUUGAGAAGGUAACCGAUUUCAAGAACCAUAGCCUUCCUUUAGCAAGGAUAAAGAAGAUUAUGAAAGCUGAUGAGGAUGUAAGAAUGAUAUCAGCUGAGGCACCAGUAAUAUUUGCCAGGGCAUGCGAAAUGUUCAUCUUGGAGUUGACAUUGCGAUCUUGGAAUCACACAGAAGAGAACAAAAGGAGGACACUUCAAAAGAAUGACAUUGCAGCGGCAAUCACAAGGACUGAUAUAUUUGAUUUCUUAGUUGACAUUGUGCCAAGGGAGGAUCUGAAAGAUGAAGUACUUUCAUCAAUCCCAAGAGGAACAAUGCCUGUUGGGGGGCAUGCUGAUGCUCUCCCUUAUUGCUAUAUGCCACCUCAUCAUGCACCACCAGUUGGGACUCCUGGGAUGAUCAUGGGUAAGCCUGCAAUGGACCCAGCUAUGUACGCUCAACAGCCACAUCCCUAUAUGGCUCAACAGAUGUGGCAACAGGCACCAGAGCAACAGCAAUCGCCUUCAGAUCAUUAGUAGCUGCAGCAUAGAAGUUGAGAAGUGUAAAUUUGCUUCUUUUUAAUUUGUCGCUGGGUGCUUGUCGAAAACUAGAAUGGUGAAGAUGACCAUUUAAAUGUUUUAUAGGAAAAGAUCAGUGUAGUUGCUUGAAUUUCACUUUUCCUGCCUUCGCUUCUCAAAGUUUGUAUCUUCUGUUUAUUUUGUUCUGGUUAAAGUAGGUGAUGAUGUAGAUAACCAAAGCUAAUGCUUUACUCACUUAUUCUUUGUGGUAUAUAUGCAUUUUCAUUGAUUUUAGAAUUA